AUGGAAUCUCAAGCAGUUUUUGAUGUCACAAAAUAUGGUGGAAGUUCCGACGACAUCACCCAGAAAAAAAAGGGUUUGAUGAGUGCAUGGGAAGAAGCGUGUGCAUCAACAACUUCGAGCCAAGUUCUGAUACCGAAGGGGACUUUCACGCUGAAGGAAGUGGAAAUUAAGGGACCUUGCAAGGCUCCGGUGCAAAUUAACCUUCAAGGGACGGUGAAGGCCCCCAUUGAUUCCAAACUUUUCAAGACAGAUGCGUGGAUUUCAAUCAACUACGUCAAUCAACUCACCGUCUCCGGCGGCGGAACUCUCGACGGACAAGGCCACGUCGCCUGGUCCCAAAAUGACUGUCACAAGAACUCACAGUGCAAAUUUCCUGCCAGCGUGAGAUUCAAUUUCGUCACCAACUCAACCGUCACGGAUGUAACCUCCCUGGACAGCAAGAACUUCCAUGUUACGAUCCUGGGCUGCAAUAAUUUCACCUUCCAACACUUCACCAUCAAAGCGCCGGAUUCCAGCAUCAACACUGAUGGCAUCCACAUCGGCCGGUCCACCAAUAUCUUCAUCCUCGACACCACCAUCCAGACCGGCGACGACUGCAUUUCCCUAGGUGACGGCAGUCAGCAGGUCACAGUUGAGCGGGUCACCUGCGGGCCUGGCCAUGGCAUCAGCGUUGGCAGCCUUGGCAAGUAUGACGAGGAGGAGCCCGUGAUCGGAUUCACCGUCAAGAAUUGCACCAUCACUGGUACAGAUAACGGUGUUCGGAUCAAGACCUGGCCGGCAGCUAAGCCCGGCGUCGCCUCCGACAUGCACUUCGAGGAUAUUAUUAUGGAAAACGUUUCGAAUCCGAUUCUCAUUGAUCAGGAGUACUGCCCCUUCAGUCUGUGCGCCUCCAUGCUAUCCGUGAAAACAAUAUGCCAAGCAUUUACUCUUUUUAAGCAACACACCGAUAAGAUUGAGCUGGCGUUUUCUCAUCUCUGCUUGCAGGCUCCUUCCAAGGUUCAGAUCGGCAAUGUGAGCUUCAACAACAUCGUAGGAACCUCUGCAACUCAGGUUGCUGUGAAGCUUACAUGUAGCGCUGCCUUCCCCUGCAAGGAUGUGCACGUUGGUAACGUUGAUCUCACUUACAAAGGCCCGAAGGUCCCGCCAUCAGCCAGUGCUCCAAUGUCCAGCCAAAAUUUUCCGGCAAGCAGAAUCCACCAGUGUGUUCUAAAGCUUCUUAGUUCAAUCAAAUAG